UGUGUUUAGUUUGGAUAGGCUGUCCCACUGUGUGAGUCUUUGCGUUGCCUUUUACUAUUGUUGUGCGUCGGAUGGACAGACUCACUGCGGGUCGACUUCACAUUUUAUUUUAUGGGCAGGAAGCAGCUCAAACAUUUCAACUUUGAAACUUUUUUAACAUUUCGUGGCUUUGAUUUUCAUCUACCCAAAGAAGGAUUUUUGUUGAUGGCGCGGUCUAACCAAGAUGGACACGGGUUGUCUGCCGGUUGGAGACUAGAUAAGUGCUUCAUUCACUAAAUCUAAAUGUAGACUUUAUUUAUUUAUCCGCAGGAAACGUAUUAUCCAUCAGGUGGAUGUAACUGGACUGGGCCGUUUCCACCCCAGAGGUCACGUCCUAUAAUGAACAUUUUCCCACUGAAGUUUCGGUGAACUUUUCCCACGACUCGCCAUGUCGGGAGUGGUCCGCACCCUGAGCCGCUGCCUGCUCCCGGCCGACGCCAGCCGGGACCCGGGCGGCAGCAAGGAGAGGAGCAGGGAGAGGGACGCGGCGCAGGAGCGGGAAGCGAGGCGCAGGAGCCGGGAGAUAGACGCGAUGCUCGCGCGGGAGAGGAGAGCCGUCCGCCGGCUUGUGAAGAUCCUCCUGCUCGGGGCCGGAGAGAGCGGAAAAUCCACAUUCCUCAAACAGAUGCGCAUCAUCAACGGGCAGGAGUUUGAUCAGAAGGCACUGCUGGAUUUCCGGGACACUAUCUAUGAGAAUAUACUGAAGGGCAUGCGUGUGCUGGUGGACGCCCGGGACAAGCUGGGCAUCAGCUGGCAGGUCUGCGAGAACGAGAAGCAAGGCAUGCUGGUGAUGUCGUGGGAGGGACGCGUGGGCGCCACGGGGGUCGAGCCCAGCGAGUUUCAGCUGUACGUGAUGGCACUGAGCGCGCUGUGGGCCGACGUCGGCAUACAAGAGGCCUACGCACGGCGCUCUGAGUUCCAACUGAGUGAGUCAGUGAAAUACUUCCUGGAUAACUUGGAUCGUAUUGGACAACUGAACUAUAUCCCGAGCAAACAGGACAUUUUAUUUGCGAGGAAGGCGACUAAAGGAAUCGUCGAGCACGACUUUGUCAUCAAGAAGAUCCCGUUCAAGAUGGUGGACGUGGGAGGGCAGAGGUCUCAGAGGCAGAAGUGGUUCCAGUGUUUUGACGGGAUCACAUCGAUACUCUUCAUGGUGUCGUCAUCUGAAUACGACCAGGUCUUGAUGGAGGAUCGAAGGACAAACCGUUUGGUGGAGAGUAUGAACAUCUUCGAGACCAUUGUCAACAACAAGCUCUUCCUCAAUGUGUCCAUCAUCCUCUUCCUCAACAAAACAGACCUGCUGGUGGAGAAAAUCCGCACGGUGGACAUUCACAAGAACUUUCCCGAGUUCAGAGGAGACCCUCGCAGGCUAGAGGAUGUGCAGGCGUUCCUGGUGCAGUCGUUCAGUCGUAAAAGGAGAAACCGGGGGAAACCGCUGUUCCACCACUUCACCACAGCGGUGGACACAGAAAAUAUCCGCUUUGUCUUCCAUGCCGUCAAGGACACCAUCCUGCAGGAAAACCUCAAAGAUAUCAUGCUGCAGUGACCUUCGUGCUGCAGACAACGACUUCUGUCUCUGAUUGUAAACUGUGAAACCAGCCAUGAACUCGAGCCUGGAGGAGAAGGCCUGUUUCGUUGUGACACAUAUUAACACUGGCCUGUGGAGCAGUCGGUUGACCCACGGAGUGGAUCUAACUGAAACCUGAACCUGUGGAACCCAUAAAGUGACUCUGGACCUGUUGGACCUACGUCGGCCCCUGUGGAAACUGUGAGGGUCAUAGAGGACAAGACCCUGCAUGUAACCUGUAAAAAUGUGUGUAUGCUGGAAAGACAGUCGCCUUCUCCUACUUGUAGCACUCAAGUGUUUCUUUCCUUAAUAUACAUGUUCAGAAAUGUGUAAAGAAAAAGAGAGAAAAGCACCAACUACAUGACAUGAGCACUGAAAGUGUUUUUCUCAGAAGUAUAUAUGACUGAUGACAACCCCGUCACUAAACCGAGUCAGACUGCUGCCUGUUGAAAAGUAGCUGGAUCAAACUGUGCGAGCAGCAGACAGCAGGGGAGAGAGGGGGAAAAGAAGGACAAAAAGGAAGAGAGAAAGUUUAGAGCGAGCUGAAGAAUGCCUUGUGUUAAUGUACAUGUGACAGAGGGAGAGGGGAGAGGGGUGAGGGUUUGGGCCCGUACUGGUCAUAUGCUGUGCUAUGUGAUUAGGUUGCACAAGUGUUCCUGCCAUUGAUCUUGAACAGAGGAAAGAGAUUAAUCUGUCUAAUGCUCCCUGUGUUCUCCCUUGCACUGUCGUUCUCUCUCCUCCCUUACUUUACUCUCCACAUCCCACCAUCAUACUGGGGAUGAACAGCUGCAGAUAGUAAGUCGUAUUCCUCUUAACCUAUCCCUCUCCUCUUCUCUCUGGCACAAAAGACAGAUUGUUCGCCUCCUCUCUCUGCAGCAGGAACAGCAGACGGUCAAAUUAGUGACUCUUUUUGGUUUAAAGAAACACACAGCUCCUGAUUUUGCAUGAAUUAUGGUUCAUCUCUACAACAUCCCAGCAAACUUAACCUGAGGCUUAUUGUAUAAAUAUCCCCUUUUAAAAAGGAGACUCUGGGAUACGGUUACACUGCUCGUUCCUGGUCUUUUGUCCGGUGAACGUGACGAGAACAGCGGAGCAUGACAGGGUCGAACUAACUUUAUUCCCAUGUUUCCGGCAGCCAUUUUGGACUUUACUGUACCGACUGUAGCAGUUGGGAUGAGAGGUUGACAAAACAUCAAAACAGUAACGAGUGAAAGAAACGAGCCAGACUGAGCGGCGUUUAUUCUACUAUGUCUGGCAUUUUCUAUAUUGAGACAUCUCAAGAGGGUGUUUUAAAGUCAGUGUUUACCCUCGAGUAAUUGGACAGAAAUAGAAAAUUAUUCAACAAUAAUUUUGCUGGUGAAUUAAUCGUUUGUUAUUAAUCAAGUAAACAUCUAGAUGUGGUCAUUUUAAUUUGGUUUCCUCUAAUUAAAUGGGUUUGAAUUUCAGACUGCUGCUGCUGUUGCUGCUGCUGCCGACUUUGGCUCUUUCAUUAUAUUCUGACAUUUUAAAGCUGCACUAGUCAAUAUUUUUAUAUCACCAAAGGAAAACGUUACUGUGUAAAGGUCGCUCAUAGUGAUGAACCCACAGAAAAGUUAUUGAUCGACUCUGCAGUUCCCCUCAGCGAUGUGGAGAGCGUUGAAGCAUCUUUCAGCUCUUUGUUUUGAGCUGGGUUCAGUGCCGCUGCCUUUAAGAGCACCGUUUCCAGCUGAUUUUAUUUUUAAACAAUAAAACCGAUAAACUUACUGGACAAAAGUUGCUCUGCACCAAACAGCAGACACUAGCAACUAGUUGGUGGACAUAGUGGAGCAUUAAGCAGCUGAACAGUCUGAUAUUUCCUUCAGGAGGAAGUGGAGAACAAAAUCGGAGCUUAAAGAGAGUGAUUAUUGGAAUUAGAUUCAUCACAUGGUCAUGAACACGACUCCAAAUAAAUACUUAUGUUGCUGUUUGUCUGUUGGAUGUGUGAAUACGCAAAUCUUCGCCAACAAGUUCACCAUGCUAACACUGAAUGGUGGGUUCACAGCUUAUUGUAAUGCCCCUAGGUGGCCCAAAAAAAUUAAAAAUGCGUUAGUGCAGUUUUAAAGACCAAUUGAUUAAUCAAGCAAUCAAAAUAAUUCAUCACUAAUGAAAAUAAUCACUAGUUGCAGCCUUAUUUAUGUCUUGUUCACCAGUGAGAGUUACCUGGUAAUGUAGCAUAAAGAAAAAAAAGUACUGUUGCUAUGGUUACUUGCAGUUUUACAUAACUUUGUGCACUGAUUUCAAACGGUGGUUAAACUGGUGGUAGUUCCCAUGUCGGUGGGUGGUGUCAUUUUACAUGAUUUUACUGAAUGCCUGUCGGCCAAUCAGGAACAAGUACGUUCAAAAUAUGUUCAAAUUUGAACCCCGAUCUUCUUCUCCCAUUCCUGUGUAUUAUGUUUUCAAGUGGAGGAUUUGUGAGAUGACGAUGCUGAUUUGAUUCCCAGUGUUUGCAUGAUGUGCAUUUUGGUACGCAGCAGUAGGACACAGCUGGGCUGCUCCUCCCACCCUGAGUAUUGAGUCCAAAUGGCCUUGAGAGGAAUGAGGCUGCUCAUGAGCACUUCCACAUGCCUUAUUAUAUUAAACUGUGUAGUUUGUCUGUUCUUGUGUGUGUUCAUAGUGACUUAUGGCCCUUUUGUGCAUGUUUAUACUCCCUGUACAUAGAAAACUGUAAGUAUUUGCCUGACACUGUGUGUUAACCUUACAAUACAAACGCCACUCGGUCUAACAGUAUCACUGUAACUGUAAUGUUGCUGUAACAUUUGUCGUUAACUAACCUACCUUUUCCACUCACACAAGUUUUUUUUUUAUUGUAAGUGUCGUCAUUGCACUGGAUGUGACCAAGAGAAAAACGACCAGAAGGGAAAAAUGUCUGGGGGGGCGGGAGGCAAAGAAACAAAUAAACAGGCAGCAGAUUUGAAAGGCGAGCAGGAUGGAGGCAGAGGAUGAAGAGAGGGAGGUCUUCUGCUGUUGUUUUUUUGUUUCCCAGUGCCUUGGCUCUGUGCUCUGUGGUGAAAUACACUGCCUUUUGCUGA